AUGAGUAGCAAGGCAUAUGCUAUCAUUGCCGGCGUCGGCGCGGGAACGGGAGCAUCGGUCGCUCGACGGUUUGCCAAAGCGUACCACGUAGUCCUCCUUGCGCGAAAUCCGAUCAAUUAUGAAGACGUCGCCAAAGAGAUCAACAAUGACGGCGGACAUGCAAUCGGUAUUAGCACGGACCUUUCAGACGCCCACAGUGUCAAAACCGCAUUCGACCAAAUAUCCAAAGAAUUCGGUGACCGACCUCUUGCGGCUGCCAUCUUCAACCUAGGUGGUGGUUUUGUUAAGCGGCCAUUUCUGGAAUUGACCGAAGCGGAGUUCUCGGCAGGAUUUGAUGUCCACGGUAAGGGUGGAUUCAACUUUGCCAAAAAUGUUCUGCCCUUGAUGCUGCAGUCUAGCGGUCUAACUUACCCGCCCACUUUGAUUUUUACCGGGGCUACGGCCAGUUUGAAAGGUGGUGCUACUCUCGCAACAUUUGCAGCGGGCAAGUUCGCUCUACGGGCGCUAGCUCAGUCUUUGGCGAGAGAAUUUGGACCCAAGGGAGUACAUGUCUCCCAUGUCAUUAUCGACGGAAUGAUUGACACGCCGCGGACAAAGGAGUUCCAAAUGGAUCAAGAUGCAAAAAUUAACCCUGAAGCAAUUGCUGAGACAUAUUGGAACUUGCAUCAACAGCCAAGGACCGCAUUUUCAUUUGAAUCCGAGCUUCGACCAUACGUUGAGAAAUGGUGA